CUUGAACUGUGUUUAUUUCUUUCUGUGUGAUUUUAUUUUCAAUAAAAUUUUUAGAGUUUAAUUUUGUGACAUUGUUUAUUGAAAUAAGAAUAUAAUCCUUCAAAUUCGCGAAACAAGUUUUCUGUGGUAACUUCGUAUAAAAGUCGUUUUAUACACAAUGUCCAUUGAGAUAGAAUCAGCCGAUGUUAUCAGACUGAUACAACAAUACUUGAAGGAGUCAAAUUUAACCAAAACAUUGCAGACUUUGCAGGAGGAAACUGGAGUGACUCUAAAUACAGUAGACAGCGUGGAUGGUUUCUGCGCAGACAUUAACAAUGGCCACUGGGACACAGUACUUAAGGCUACUGCUUCACUCAAGCUCCCUGACAAGAAGUUGAUGGAAUUAUAUGAGCAGGUUGUGUUGGAGUUGAUAGAAUUGCGAGAAUUGGGUGCUGCGAGAUCCUUGCUACGUCAGACACAUCCUUGUCUGUUGAUGAAGCAGCAUGAAACAGAUCGGUAUAUGCAUCUUGAAAACCUGUUAGCACGUUCAUAUUUCGACCCUCGUGAGGCGUACGGCAGCGGAGGAGGCAAGGAGCGGCGCCGCGCUGCCAUCGCAGCGUCCCUCGCCGGGGAGGUGUCCGUCGUGCCGUCGUCCCGUCUCCUGGCACUACUGGGCCAGGCCCUCAAAUGGCAACAGCACCAGGGUCUGCUCCCUCCCGGCACCACUAUAGAUUUGUUCCGUGGUAAAGCCGCAAUAAGAGACCAAGAAGACGAUCUCUGCCCCACCCAACUGUCCAAGAUCAUCAAAUUCGGUCAGAAGUCCCACGUGGAGUGCGCACGAUUUUCUCCUGAUGGACAAUAUUUAGUGACGGGCUCCGUAGAUGGCGUCGUUGAAGUUUGGAACUUUACAACGGGAAAAAUCCGUAAGGAUUUGCGUUAUCAGGCUCAUGAUGAGUACAUGUGCAUGGAAGAGGCGGUGCUGAGCCUGGCUUUUGCGAGGGAUAGCGAUACAUUGGCUGCUGGGUCUAAUGAUGGAAAAAUUAAGGUCUGGAAAGUGUCAACGGGUAAAGUCCAACGCAAACUGGACCGAGCUCAUUCUAAGGGCGUGACCUGCCUUCAGUUCACCCGAGACAACACUCAGAUCCUCUCGGCCUCCUUCGAUCGGACCAUAAGAAUCCACGGCCUUAAAUCGGGUAAAGUCUUGAAGGAGUUCCGAGGACACACUUCGUUCGUGAACGAGGCGGUGUUCACGCUGGACGGGCACGCGGUGCUCAGCGGCUCCUCCGACGGGACGGUGAAGGUGUGGGCCGUCCGCUCGGGCGAGUGCACGGCCACGCUCAAGCCCCUCGGCAGCGGGGAGCCCCCAGUCAACACCUUACUCCUCACCCCGAAGAACCCGGACCAUUUCGUGGUGUGCAACCGGACCAAUACCGUGGCGAUAAUGAAUAUGCAAGGGCAAAUCGUGAGGUCGUUCUCGAGCGGGAGGCGUGAGGAGGAGGGCGGCGCGCUGGUGUCGGCGGCGCUGAGUGCGCGCGGGAGGCUGGUGUACUGCGCCGGGGAGGACCUCGUGCUGUACGCCUUCUGCGCCAACACCGGCAAGCUGGAGAGGACCAUUAAUAUUCACGAGAAGGCGGUGAUCGGUCUGACGCAUCACCCGCAUCAGAACCUGCUGGCCACGUACAGCGAGGACGGCUUGCUCAAGCUGUGGAAACCAUAAUUGCAUACGCUUUAAAUUAUAAAUUAAUUAAAAAAUAUAUAUGUGUACAAUUUGUGUCCUAAUAUACCUAAGUAUCGACCGAACUCGUCCACCAAACUACGCAAUAAAAAUAUUAGCCUUUUAUUUCAGAGAUGUAUUCAAUGCGGGUUCUCACAUAAACGUGCCACGUUAACCUCAAACUAAGAUUGUGACUGACAUUGGCAGACCGACGAUGACACUGACAUUGGCCGAGAACUAGACCCGUGCAGUAGACAGGGUUGUUAGCUCCGCGGUAGUCCUAUGUGGCCGCGCGGAUACAGAAAUCCAAUCAAAAGGGUUCACAGGUGGAGGGGACAAAAAAAGGGGGUCCGGUGAGGGGACAGGGGGUCCCUGGGGCGGGUGGUCCGGGAGACAAUGCAGUAAAUCGAUUUCCCUUCUCAUCAGCGCGCGCCCGCACGCUACUCCAACGCAAGACGCGCUUGGGCGUGGUGGUCUACUCCCUGCUGUUGUCCUUCUCAAUCAUCACGGGAAUCUAGUGCUUGCGAGCAGCACUGUCUCGAUUUGAUUUUGAUUCACAAUUUAUCGUUAUUAGAGCAUCACUAUAACAGCUUGUCCGGUACCACUGAAUUAUUAUUUUUCGUGUCCGUAAUUGUCAGGACAAAGUUCG